AUGAAUCCCACAGUUUUCGAUCUCUUUGCUCAAAUCAAAGGAUUGUAUACAUGUAAAUGUUAUGAGUUAUUGUAGAGAGAUGACGAAUUCAAAAAAAUUGCCAGACAAUCUAAAAUUUCUAAGAGUCAACUCGAUAGUUUGGAGGACAAGACAGCCUUGAUUACUAGAUUAAAAAAAAUCAUUAAUGAAAGUAAAACAGCACAUAAAGAUGCAUUACUCUCUGCAAAGAAAUUUGAGAUAGCUACUUAAGAGAAAGAAAAGGUGUUUAAUGAGAAUUCAAAAUUAAAGAAUCAAAUUAAAACCUUAGAGGGCUUUAGGAAUACUCAAACUAAUCAAUUAAAUGAAUAUUAAGAAAAAUACAGCAAAGUAGUUGAUGAGGAAAAAUAAAAGAAAACAGAAUUAGUUGAAGGAUUUCAAUAAGAAAUCAAAGACAUCUCCACUAAAAUGGAAGAGGUCUCUAAUGCCAAACAUAAAAGUUAAGCUGAAAAUGAAGCUUUGAAGGAAAAAAUGAAAGAAAUUCAAGAACAUGUUGAAAAAAGAGAUAAAAUCUUUGAUGAAGAAUUAAAUAAAUUAGAUUCAUAAAGAAAAGAAAGAGAAACCAAAAUAUUUGAAUAAAUCAAUAACAUAAGCUAAUCUCUGGGAACAACCGAUAAUUCAGAGGAUUUAUUAUAAAAAAUAAAAGAAGAAGAAGCAUUAGUAGAGGCUCAUUUGAAUCCACAUCUCUAAAAAGCAGAGGAAUUCUAAUAGAUUAUUGAGAAAACAAAUCAAUAAUUUAAUUUAUAUAAAAACGAAACAGAAAAACUUGCACAAUAAUGCAGAAGUUUAGAGUAGAAGUCCUAAGCUUGUUAAAGAAAGUGCGAAAAGUCUGACAUUUACAUUGUAGACUAAGCGAAAGAAUAUUAAAAACUAUAAGUUUAAUAUAAACAAAAAUAAGAGUAAAUAAAUUCAUUAUUAACAUUGAAAUCAACAUUAUAAAGUGGAUUAUUAUGA